AUGCUUGACUACAUCAAUGCUGAGGACACGGAGUUGUGGGACAUUAUUCUUGAUGGCACUUAUAUUCCUAUAAAAGAGGUGAAGGAUGGAGAGCUCACCACUAUUGUUGUCAAAAUCAGAAAGGAGUACAACGAAAAAUAUAGGAAGAAUAUAGAAAAGAACUACAAAACAGAAAAGAUUCUGGUGUGUGGCAUUGGAGCUGAUGAAUACAACAGAAUUUCUGCGUGUGAGACUGCCAAGGAAAUUUGGGACUGUCUUCAAACUGCUCAUGAAGGAACUAAGAGAGUGACAGAAUCUAAAGUUGACAUGGUCACCACUCAGUAUGAGAACUUCAUCAUGAAGGAGGGUGAAACCAUUUUUUAUAUGAACUCAAGAUUCACCUCUAUCACUAACGAGCUCACGUGCCUGGGUGAGCCUAUCCCUGUUAGCAAGCAGGUUCGCAAAAUUUUUAAGGUGCUUCCUAAAUCCUGGGAAAGCAAGAUGGAUUCCAUAACAGAAGCUAAAGAUCUGAUGACUCUUCCCAUGGAUGAACUGAUUGGGAAUCUUCAAACCUACGAGCUAAACAAGAUAUAG